AUCAAGGAAAGGGGAGGAAUCUGGGAGAGUGGGUUUGCAUUAAUAGUGCAGAUUCUGGGUUUUUCAGAGCAAUCUAUCAGGCUGAGGUAGAUGGGAGUGGACUGGGAUAGAGGAAAAACUUUGCCUUGCUCAGUAUUAGCCCUUAUCUCCCCAGGGUGAGCUCAAGAUUCAGGGGGUGAGGCUGCUUGAAGGAAUGGGAGGAAGGGAGAAAUUUAGACAGGAGAGAAAUGAAGCAAAGCAAGAAUCGGGGACAAAAUCAAAUGAUUCCUGUUUUUUAUAACUUUCUGAAGGGCCCCACAUGGACAGCUCCUGUCCCUCUUUUGUCCAAAACCUCUUUGUACAAUCAGGGGUUGUACUCUCAAUUAACUGCUUUCCCACUGGCACAGUGGAGCCCUCCACUUUUCAGACCUUUAACUUCACAAAGUCAUACUCUCCCAGAUUGAAGGGGGUGGGGGGAACUUUUGUCAUUCAGGUCAGUUCCCCUCAUUUCACAGAUACGGAAAUCUGAAGCUCCAAGAGGGUUGACUUGUCCAAGCUGAGUCAGUGGCUGAGCUGAAUCUAAAACCCAGAGCUCUGGACUCCCAGCUCAAGCUUCCUUCCGUCCCUGACCCCUUACAGUGCAAGCUCCCUGAUCCUUCUGACCUGCCCCCUUUCCUGUUCUUGUAAUGGUUGGCAGCUAGCCUAACACAAAGUGCAGGGUUGAGGGGAUCCUUUUUCCUUUUUCUCUUGCCCUUAUCUUUCCCAUUUUUCCUGGAUGUACAAAUCCCUGGGAGGGGAGACCCACACCAGGAAAUACUUCAUCCACAUUGGGAGUGAAAGGGACUGCAUGGCUGAACAGAAACUGGGGUUCUGUGGAAUUUUGCACCCAUCAUCACAAGUCAUCUCACUCCUCUUUACCCAGAGCAACAGUUGGCACCAUGAAGUUGAUCAGGAGGCAUCUAAUAUGCAGAGCUCUGUUGAGCACAGCCUUUGGGGGGCUGCUACUACUGCUGGUGGGUCAGUUUGUAGAUGCUGGGACUCCUUCCUUAGAUUUGAUACCCUUGGACUCCACAGAACUGGCUGAGGAUAUUUUGAAUCUUUCUCUAAGGAAGUUUGAGUGGCAGGUUCAGACACCACAUCCCUUGCAGCUGAAGUACCCUUACUCCUAUCCUUUUCUACUCAAUCACCCUGACAAGGGUGAGGGUCCCAGAGGUGCCCCCUUCCUGCUCAUGCUGGUGAUGACCCAACCCCAGGAUGUGGGGAGAUGCCAAGCCAUCUGGGAAACUUGGGGCAAUGAGACUUUAGAACUGGGUGUGAUCAUCCGACACCUCUUUGUUCUUGGUCUGCCCCCACCCCUGUUCACCAAGGAACUUCAUGAACUCCUCCAAGAAGAGGACAGGAAGCAUGGGGAUCUUCUCCAGGUGGGCUUCCUGGAUACCUAUCGCAACUUGACUCUCAAAGUCCUCAUGGGUCUGGAGUGGAUGGCCCAGUACUGUCCUGAUGCCCGCUAUGUGCUCAAGGUGGACAGUGAUGUCUUUCUAAACCCCAGCUUUCUGGUACAGCAGGUGCUUCAGCCCAAUGGGCCCCCAUGGCCUGACUUUAUCACAGGUUACAUCUAUAGAAAUAAAGGCCCUAUUCGAAGUCCAGAUCACAAGUGGUACAUGCCUCCAGAAUUGUACUUGCAGGACAUAUAUCCCCCCUACUGUGCUGGAGGUGGCUAUGUUCUGUCUGGACCCUUAGCCCUCAGGAUUCUGUCUGUGGCCCAGAUUCUCAAGGUCAUCCACCUGGAAGAUAUGUUUGUGGGCUUAUGUUUACAGCAAUUGGGGCUGGAGCCCAUUCCGCCUCCCCCUGGGUCCUUUUUGAUGUUUCCACUAGCAUAUGAACACUGUAUCUACCAUCAAUUUGCCCUUGUUCAUGGAUUCCAGCCUCAGGAGCUGCUGCAAAUUUGGCAAGACUUCCAGACAGUCAAUAAAAUCUGCCCCAUGCCAUGAUGGGCUAGAAGAAUGAUCCAUACUCCUCUAGCUUUCUAUUCCCAUCCCACUUGUCUGAGUGGAAUAAAGGCAGUGGUCAGUGCCCCCUCCCAGAGGACCUUCCUCCAGUCCUGCCCUCUAGGACAGAUGGACAAAUGAUCCUGUGGAUCUGAAUAACAAUGCAGGCUCCCCUCUCAGUGGUGGCCAAUGGGAAACCCAGAAAUGAUUGUGAAGUAAUCCUUACCCCUGAGGGGUAGUUUUGGAUUUUAGGAAUAAGAAACUUGGAAUGGACGAUGGACUUGGAGCCAGAGAUCCUGAGUCAGAAUCUCAACUCUGUGUGCUGCUCUGCCUAUUUGUCUAUAGGCAAGUCAUCUAUAUUUUUGCGCCUUAUUUAUUCGCAUAUUUAAAGCCAAUAUGUUACUGAUCUUCAAGCUUCCUUCCAUUUGUAUGUUCUAUGGUCUUAUUACAUGGCUCCAUUUGUCUGUAGAUAGGAUAUGCACAAUAGAUGUCCAAAUGAGUGGAUGCAAGAAGCAUCUAAUGGCUUUCUUUAAUGGGGAGUCUGGAGCCCUGGACUCUAUAGCUCUCUUCUUUUCAUUUCUGUGAAGGUUUUCUGGAGGCAGCCUUAGU